AUGCCAGAACUAGUACUUCCACUAGGGCCGUAUUCAAUUGAAAAGGAUAGUAUAAAACUGAGUAAUGAUGUCAAUCGGUCUUUUAUCAUAUUCGGGGAAGAGCUUCCAUUGUUUAUAACAUCGUCCACCCCUUUGGUCGAUCGUCUACAGUCAUUGAGAGUGGACUUAAAAGAAGCUAGUCUAGUCAUAGAUGAAACCACUAAUGAAUUUAUUAAACACAAUGAUAAUGUAUGGGAAGUAAACCCCUCUUUUAUCAAGAAUUCUGUUUUCAAUUCUGAUUAUCUUUUAAGUAAUAAUGGACAACAAGGACGAAUCAAGUUCACAUUGAAGUAUAAGAAAAACCACACUAAUAGCAACAGCUCUAUAAAGUCAUAUGAGGAGGAUACAGAUGGGUUCUUACCAUCUUUCAAACCAUUGAAUGAUCAUGAUAUAACAUCAUCUGCAUACCUUGAGAAACAGGAACAACCCGACUACAAUACCAUUGUAGUAGAAUAUCCAAUGUUUUCUCUAAUGAAUAUGCGACUGAGGAACGUUUCAAUAAGAAGUAACAGGAACUCCAAUACUCCACAGGUCAUAUCAUCAUUGGACUUGCAAUUGGUACGGAAGUUCGGCGACCUCUUCCCUGGUGAAACGCACGUAGUUGUCGAAGAUCUUUCAUACAAGCUUUGUGAUGGUAAUUUUGAAUUCGAGAUUAAGCCCUUGGAGGAAAUGAUUCAGUUUCCACUCCAAGUAAAACGUCAGGACGCAUAUACCAUAAACUACAAUCUUCAGGACAGCUCACGUCAAGUCAAAGUUACAAUAGUCUACACAGUCGGAAGUCAUUAUCGAAUUCACACAAGCUGGAAAACAGAAGUAUGCCUGGGAAGGUCUGCCUCAUCAAAAUCAGUAGUAAGCUCAAAUGCAAGCACUCCCACAUUUAUCCAACCACCAAAGGUGCAAUUACCUCGUGUUCUAACCCAAGCGCACUUCACAUUUCUUCAACCGAAAAUUAAAGCCAAGAAGGGCCAUCCUUUCACCCUUUCACUUCAGAUAGAAAACACAACAGCUAGGACCCUAAAUCUUGUAGUUUACCACAAACCAAAAACACCAUUAGCACAAACCGUUGUAUUAAUAUCCAAUGACCUAAAGUUACCGCUGUUAUUCCCAGGCACCACUUUCAAGUGCGACCUUGAGCUAAUUGCCAUAUCUACAGGUUAUCAUCAUCACAUGAAGGGUCUAAAAAUACUAGAUCUCGACGCAUUAGAAACAAUCGAUCUAGGUGUAUCACUAUCCCUCCUUAUCGAAUGA